AUGAUUACGAGAUUGGUCAAGAAGGUCCUGUUCUUCCCCAUCCGCGUUUUGAGCAGGACAUAUCGAGUAAUAACAGCAGCAACAUCAGUGCCGGAUGUGCUCCCAGUUGGUGGCCUGAGCGGUGAACGCGCGUCUGGGUUGCUGUUCGCGCUCCGACAGGAUGAAUUUGUUGCCGUGCAAUGGCUGACAUCCCUGCAGCUCGCCCAGAUCGCAUCAGACAGGCUGCUGCACGAUGUGGACGCAGCGGACGGCAGUCUGAGCUUCUGGUCGGCGCGGCUGAAGGGCGGCGCGCACCGCAGCUUCCUCCUGCUGGGCCAGGGGCCGACAUCCUUCGUGCUGGACUGCGUGGACUUUCUGCGAGGCCAUCCACGGCGCCGCCUUGGGGCCCUGAAGCAGCCGAAUGCCACCGACCAGAUAGAGCGGCGGGUGAUACUGCUGAGGGCGCUGCGCGGGCGGCUGUGCGAGGCGCUAGCAAAGGUGCACAAUGGCGCGGCCCAGCUGAAUCUGGCGGCCGGCUCUGAGGCGGCGCGCUCGCUGUCGGCCGCGGCGGCCGCCGCGCAGCCGUGCGCAGCCGGGGGGCCCGGGGGCCCCGCGGCCGAUGAGAGCGCUCGCCUGUUGGCGGCCGCACGCGAAGCCGCCCUGCACUGCGUGCUGAGCGUGUCAACGGCAGUGGAGAAUGCAAGGAGAGCGGCCGAGGAGCUAACGACCUGCCCGCCGGAGGAAACCCACGCCGAGACGGCCGCCACGCUCAUGCACAAAGCCGCGGCCGUGGCCCGGGCCCUCACAGAGCGCGCGGCGCGAAAGCUGCAGCGCAUCACCGGGUUCAGCGCUGAAUUCCUGAGCAAGGACUAUGGCGCAGAGGAAGGCGGCAGUGCGACGUCAGGAUCUCCAAAAGAGGAGUGUGAUGAUGAGGUUGAGACAGCUCUGGAGCGAGCAGCCGCCGUGCUCAUCUUUGAGUCAUCCGCGACAUCGUCCACGUCAGCAAACGCUGCGCUGGCGGCUGCCGCGGGCGCAUCGUCCCGCCGCCAUGGCAUCAUCAGGAUCCCGGAGUGGCUGGCGGCGCCGUCCAAGUACAAGCAGCACUGGAUCCGCUACUCCUUCAUCGGCCUCGCCUGCUUCUGGAGCGCUCGCUUCCUCUACCUGCACAGCCCGCUGGCGGGCAGCGACGACUUGGAAAUGUGGGCGCGCUCCGUGGCUGAGUCCGUAACCAGUGCGUACCGGGACCGAGUGCUCGUGCCUCUGCUACAGCUCAAGGACGAGCUGUUUGCCACCUUCCGCCAGCGCCGCAGCAUCGUCAGCGUGGGGGAGUAUGAGACGGAUAAGGCCUCGCUCGAACGCAUGCUGCGCGACUUUGAGGCCGACUUUGGCAAGGCCUCCACGAAGAAGGUGGAUCCGGAGAUUUCGGCGGCGCUGGAGCGGGCGGGGGCGGGGGCGGGAGAUAAUAACGCGACGGCGGAAGGGGAGAAAGCCAGGGAGGGGAAGGGUGAUGAAGGCGACGAAUUGCUGCCGGGCAUGGCGUUCAUGAUGAGCUGCUACGAGGAUGAGCUGAAGAAGCCCAUUCGCAACAUCGUCAACGGCUCGCUGCUGCGUGCCAUACUCAUACAGGAGGGUGAGACAUACGAUAUCCACAUGAUCAUGAAUCUGUCGUCUUACAAAGUGCAGAAGCUGAAGCUGGACACGGAGAGCGCGAUGCUGGAACUGGAUCAGAUUUUGCGCGCGAAUGAGCUGACGGUGGCGGUGGUGGCCGCGGUCCCCUCCCUGCUCAUUGCCGGGGGGACUUGUUAUGCCCUCUUCAGGUGGCUCACCCCCUCGCCUCCCGACCGACGCAGCGAGGCCCUCCCUGCCAGGAUGGCGAUGGUUGAAGUUGAGCGCACAAUCCACAAGCUGGCGCUGGAGGGAACGCCAGAACUGCAGGGCGAGGUCGUCUGGCGAGUCGCCAGGUCGCUGCUGUGCUGGGUCAAGCUCCGUCCUUGUGCAUGCCGCGUUACAUAUAGUAAGAUCAACGGACAACACAUGGUCGCUUCAGCGGACCAAUCCACGGCACUGCUCGUGGCCGCUGCCAACAUAAUCGAUGGGAGGGUGUUCCCGGACUACAGCUUGUGUACCACCUCCACCAGGAGGGAGCAAAUUCGAGGGCAGAUCAUCUCGGGAGCGUCUUUGAAAACUGCAGUAGUAAAAUCGAGAUGGUUUGGGCGUCCUUCUGCCAAGGCGUCAGAGUUCUCAGUGGAUGGCUGCCAAUCGGUCAGCCUGGGAGGCAGGCAAGGCAGGAGCCUGGACGUCUAUGGAGGAUCUGUGACGCAAGGGUGCAAGAUUCUGGUGCAGAGUGUGGGCGGGGGGACCUGCUCGACCGGGCAGGCCUCCUCCGACCAGCUCAGCGGCGGGCAGCUUCUCUACGGGCUCAAGGCUACAAUAUACCCGGACGCCUACGGAGCGGACUGCAACUCGAGCAGCAGCAAGCCGUAUGGCCUGCCGGACUUUGGGGGACUGCAGGCGGACCCCUCCCUGCCGCAGCGAUGCCAGGACCCCUCCCUCAUGAAGGCGUAUGGGGGUGUGUUCCCUGGGUCGCCUCCCCUAGACGCGGGGAAAUAUAGCAAGUGCUACGGAAUGCAGCUGGAGGGGUAUGUCCAGGUGGCAGCGACAGCUGGCAUCACAUCCAGCUCAGCAGGCCUUGACACCUCAGCCUAUGCCAAUCGUUUCAGGGUGUGCGCUCGGUACAGCGGCCACGCGGAGGUGACGCUCAACGGCGCGAGCCUGCAGACGUCCUCCGCCGGCAAUUAUGACGCGACGCUGGUCUGCCACGACGUUCCCUACCUCCCUGCCGGCCUGCUGCCGCUGAGCGUGCAGUUUGCCUCGGGCCCCAACGAUGUCAACAACGUCUUCCAGCUGUGGGUCAUCCCUGUCAAGAGCGUCACCCAAAUUGCCGCCCCGGUCAACCCGGGAGAGGAAUAUCAGAUAGAGUACGCCUGCACGUCCUGCUGCGGCCUCUUUGGCGGCAGCGGCGACUGCUGCGCGCCUCUGGACGGCUGCGCCUUCCGCACCGAGUCUUGUACCCCCGCCGCCGAGCCCACCACUACCAAGCCCACCGCCAAACCCCCCGCCGCCGAGCCCACCACCGGCAAGCCCCCCUCCGCCACCGCCAAGCCCACCGCCUCCACCGAGCCCGCCUCCGCCGAGCCCCCCGCCCUCACCGCCGCCGCCCAGUCCCCCCUCUCCGCCACCACCUUCGCCACCCCCAUCGCCGCCCCCUCCCAGCCCCCCACCACCGACAUACCCACCCCCGCCACCGCCGGUGUACAGCCCACCACCGCCGAGCCCCCUUCCCCCAUCGCCGCCACCGCCGAGCCCCCCGCCGCCCCCCUCUCCGCCACCACCGAGCCCCCCAUCACCACCGCCGCCAAGUCCACCGCCGCCGACAUAUCCACCCCCGCCACCACCAGUGUACAGCCCACCACCGCCGAGCCCCCCGCCCCCAUCACCGCCGCCCCCCAGCCCCCCACCACCGACAUAUCCACCCCCGCCACCGCCAGUGUACAGUCCCCCACCGCCGAGCCCCCCACCUCCCUCGCCGCCACCGCCGAGCCCCCCGCCGCCGACUUAUCCACCCCCGCCACCGCCAGCUUACAGCUCACUCAUUGUGAAGCCCCAAGCUGCGGAGGCGCCACCGCCGCCUCCAAGCCCCUAUGGAGUGAAGGAUGUCGGCUCUCCCGGCCGGGUACCUGCUGCAUGUACGCGCUGCAGAUGGCUUACUACUCUAGUAAUGGCUCCGCUCUGGCCGUGACUAACGCGGCAACCGUGCCAGUGGCUGUCGUCUGCAAUACAUCCGUGCCGCUCAGCUUCCAACCCAGCGAUUUUGCCGUUCGUGGCGCGAGUGCCGGAGCUAAUGCGACAGUGGUGGCUGUCGCUGAUGUCACCACCGGCACAAAUGCUGACAUCACCACAGCUGUUGUCGAGAUCAGCGUGAACCCGGCAUAUGAGGGUGUUGUCAGUAUAACUUUUGCGGCCAGCUCAGUGCGGUCGAAGAAGGGGCCUCGUGUGCUGGUGGCAGCUGCCCAGCUGACCUACACCAAGCAGCAGGCAGCCCUACCAGUGAUGACGACUGCGGCAGAAUACACAUAA